UUGCUCAACAAAAUGAAUUGGUAUCACAACCACCAUCAAUCUCAGAAUUAUCACCAACAUCAGCAUUAUCACCAACAUCAGCAUCAUUAACAUCAGCAACAUCAUUAACAUCAGCAACACCAACAUCAGAAUUUCCAUCUUUGCAACAAGUGUCAGCUUCUCAACAUGCAUCAAUACAAUCGGGGGAAACUGAACAGUUGUCAUUGAGUGAUGAUCCAGUUGAGCGAACUAAUGAGUGUGCACACACCUGUGACGAACAGGCAAGAUUUGCAUUUGAUUCAAUAAAGCUGGUCAGUGAAGUAAACAGAGAGAUAAAUGACAGCUUAACCCAAGCUGAUACUAUCGAAGAAAUGUUGGACAGCAUGGAAAUGUUGUGGCUACCCCAUAAUGAAGCUUUAAGUAUGCACGAGAUGCGCAUUAGUGAGAAACAAUUCAAUUCACAACUAAAAUGGUUUUAUGAAUAUCAUAAACAAAUAUUCAAUGAAAAUACCACAUAUGUAGAUGUGAAGGAUAUAACAAGUACGUCAGUCGUAUUACAUAUCCGCUUGAAUCUCAUCCUUGACCGACUUCGGUCAAAGAACGACGGAAAAAUCGACAGAAAGAAAGUAGAUACUGCUAUAAAAGUACUUGGUACAUACGGGAGAAACGAGACUUUGGAAUAG